AUGGCGGAAGGCUUAAGCCUGCAAAGAGACAUCACCAGAGUUCUGGAACUGCUAGAAAUCCUACAAAGAUGUCCUGAAAUCCAGCCCUCAAAGUUAGCUGCUUUGCAGCGCAUACUGCAGUCAGAUUUCUGCAAUAUGAUCCGUGAAGUUUACGAACACAUCUAUACAACCGUAGACAUUAAUGGUUCAGAGGAAGUCAAAGCAAGUGCAACAGCGAAAGCCACUGUCGCAGCCUUUGCUGCCAGUGAGGGGCAUGCUCAUCCACGAGUUAUAGAACUACCAAAAACUGAUGAAGGUUUAGGCUUCAAUGUUAUGGGCGGCAAAGAACAAAACUCACCGAUAUACAUAAGUCGAAUUAUUCCUGGUGGUGUUGCAGAUCGUCAUGGUGGUCUAAAACGUGGUGACCAAUUGUUGUCUGUAAACGGAGUUUCUGUAGAAAGUGAGCAUCAUGAAAGAGCUGUUGAACUUUUGAAGUUAGCCCAAGGCACAGUGAAACUUGUAGUGAGGUAUACUCCACGUAUUUUGGAGGAAAUGGAAGCACGUUUUGAUAAACAGAAAGCUCGCCGUCGACAAUUAAAUUAA